AUGCCUACUUCUGACAAAGAGUACGAUGUAUUCAUUAGCUUUAGGGGAGAGGACACUCGUAAAACCUUCACUGCCCAGCUUCAUCAAGCUCUUAUAGAUGACAAUAUCAAUACAUACAUUGAUUAUAAUCUUAAGAAAGGAGAUGAGGUUGGACCUUCUCUGGCCAAAGCAAUCAAGGACUCACAUAUCUCUCUUGUAGUUUUCUCACAAAACUAUGCAACUUCUAAGUGGUGUUUGGAUGAACUUCUCCACAUACUAGAGUGCAGAGAGCUUCAUGGACAGGUAGUUAUACCUGUGUUCUGUGACGUAGAUCCAUCACAUGUACGUCAUCAGAAAAAGAGUUAUCAGAAAGCAUUUGCAAGAUACAUGAGAGAACUAGCCAGCAGUAACUCUCAUAUAGACAAAGUGUUGGAGUGGAAAACUGCUCUCUCUUCGGCCGCCAAUAUAUCUGGAUGGGACUCUCGCAAAUAUAGGGAUUACUCUCAAGUCAUCCACGAUGUUGUGGCAGAUGUUAAGCAGAAGUUGUCUCUCAUGUUUCCUAAUGAACUGAAAAACCUUGUUGAGGUUGAUGAAAACGAUGAACACAUUGAGUUAUUACUGAAAAAAGUACCAAGAAUCGGAAUUUGGGGCAUGAGUGGAAUAGGAAAGACAACCAUAGCUAAACAGAUGUUUGCCAAGAACUUUGCCCAUUAUGAUAAUGUGUGUUUCUUGGAAAAUGUAGGCGAAGAAUCAGAGAAGUUUGGACAAAUGUAUGUUCGUAAUAAGCUUCUCAGUGAGCUGCUGAAGCGAGAAAUUACUGCAUCUAACGUUCACGGACAACACACAUUUAUCAAGAGGAGGCUCAGUGGUAAAAAAAGUUUCAUUGUACUUGAUGAUGUUGAUAAUGCUACACAACUAGAUGAUUUGUGUGAAGUACUUGACGACCAUGGACAUAACAGUAGACUCAUUAUCACAACGAGAAACAAAGAUAUUCUUAGUGGAAACGUUGAUAAGAUAUAUGAGGUCACACCAUGGAAGCUUAAAGACUCUCUAAAGCUUUUUAGCUUAGGAGCCUUCCGGCAAAGCCAUCCUAAAAAGGGUUACGAGCGUAUCUCGGAAAGGGCAGUUGAAUAUGCAGGAGGUGUUCCAUUAGCUUUAAAAGUUUUGGGUUUACAUUUUAAAUCAAAAGAACCACAGUCUUGGGUAUCUGAGUUGAAAAAUUAUGAGAACAAAGGAGAAACCUUUCCCGAUAUUCAAAAAGUGUUAGAGGUAAGUUAUAAUGGAUUAUCAUGGCGACUGAAGGAGAUGUUUCUAGACAUUGCACACUUUUACAAAGAUGAAAACAAAGACUUGGUCACAAGGAUACUAAACACCUGUGAUUUCAAUGCAACUAAUGGAGUAGAGAUCCUAGAAAAUAAAGCUCUUAUAUCCAUUUCAAACAGUAAUACGAUACAGAUUCAUGGGUUACUACAAAAGAUGGCAUAUGAUAUUGCUCGACAAGAAGAUAAUGAUCGAGGAAAGCGUCGUCGACUGAAAGAUGCUAAAGACAUUUGUGAUGUACUUAGAAAUAACAAGGGAAUUGAUGCAGUUGAAGGAAUAAUAUUAGAUUUGUCUCAAAAGCUAGAUUUAGAAGUUGAAGCUGACACAUUCAACUUGAUGACUGAAUUAAGAUUUCUUAAAUUCCACGUCCCCAAAGGUAAGAAGAAAUUGGGCACAGUGCAUCUUCCUGAAAAUUUUAAGCUAUAUUUUAACAAAUUGACAUACCUUGAAUGGAAUGGGUAUCCCUUGAAGUCUCUCCCACAACCUUUCCGUGCUGAGCAGUUGAUUCAGAUUUGUUUGCCGUACAGCAACAUUGAACAUCUCUGGUUCGGGAUGCAGGAACUUGUGAAUUUAGAGGCAGUCGACCUAAGUGAGUGCAAACAGUUGAUCGACCUCCCUGAUUUGUCGGGGGCAUUAAAACUAAAAGAGUUGCGCCUUUCUGGCUGUGAAAAUUUAUGUGAAGUUCAGGCGUCUUCUUUUUCUAAGGACACACUUAAUACUUUGCUACUGGAUAGGUGCACCAAAUUGCAAAGUCUUAUGGGUGAGAAGCAUUUAACAUCUCUGGCAAAUUUCAGUGUCAAAGGCUGCUCAAGUCUGAAGGAAUUUUCGUUGUCUUCAGAUUCAAUAAGAAGGUUGGAUUUAAGCAAUACAGGAAUCGAAAUAUUGUACCCAUCAAUCGGAGAUAUGAAUAAGCUUUAUUCGUUGAAUCUAGAAGGUUUAAAUCUAACAAAUCUACCGAUUGAAUUGUCUCGCUUGAGAUCACUUACUGAACUUCGGGUUUCUAAGUGUAGUGUAGUAACUAAAUCAAAGUUAAAAGCCCUUUUUGAUGGUCUGGGCUCAUUAACAUUAUUACACUUGAAAGACUGUUGUAACUUGUUUGAACUCCCCGCAAACAUUGGUUUGUUAUCAUCAUUGCAUGAAUUGAGACUAGAUGGAAGCAGUGUGGAGGAGUUGCCUGCUACCAUCAAGUACCUCUCAGAGCUAGAAGUUCAGUCUUUAGACAAUUGCAGUAAGCUCCGAUGUCUGCCAGAACUGCCUUUGAGCAUCAAAGAGUUUCAGGCCGACAACUGCUCCUCGUUAAAGACAGUAUCCACUUUGAAGACUUUUUCAACAAACAUGAUUGGACAGAAAAAAUACAUUUCGUUUCAGAAUAGUAUUAAGAUGGAAUUGGAUGGACCCUCCCUUGCCCGCAUUACGGAAGAUGCCAUGUUAACAAUGAAAAGUGCUGCCUUUCACAAUGUAUUAGUGAGAAAGUACAGAUACCAAACCCACAGCUUCAAUUAUAACAGUGCCGGGGUUUGUCUGCCAGGACACAGAGUUCCAAGUCAGUUCAAACACCGAUCAACAAAAUAUUCCUCUGUAACCAUCGACAUUUCCAACUCGGUGGGCUUCAUUUUCUCAGUUGUUGUUACUCCAUCUAACAUAACACAACAGCAUGGAUACUCUGUUGAAAUCCUAUGUCAGUGCUAUUCGGAAGAUAGAAGGACGCAGGUGGGAUAUGAGUCUAGCUGGAAUCAUAAACUGGUUUCAAAUUUGAUCACCGAUCACGUUUUUCUAUGGUAUGAUCCAUACCAUUCUGACGGCAUACUCGUAAGGGGUGAGCGAAAGGUUUCUUUUAAAUUCCACAUUACAACUUAUACAAGUAACGGCAGAAAACUUGGUGGCCUUGUAAGCAUCAAAGAGUGUGGCGUUUGUCCAAUUUACUACUCAGAAAGUAAGAGGGUUUUAGGCACAGGGAAUUUAGAUAAGGGCUUAGAAUUAGAGUUGUAUCAGGAAAUUGAAUUUGAGAGAUUAGGUGAAGGCUAUGAUGAGGGAGAAGGCAUUGACAUUGAAUCAAAUGAAAUAGGUGAUGGCAAGGAAGGCACUGACAUACAGAACCAAGAGUUGGACUUGAAUGAAAAUUGUUACCGUUCAUAUGACUGUUUAAUUGUCUCUAAAGAUGUUCAGGUACAUGGCAAUCCUCAAGAGAAAGAAAAAUUGAAAGAUAAUGAUAAUUCCAAAGAAAUGAUGAAAUCUGAGAUUCUUCAUAACAGUACUUCUUUGAAGUCCAGUGAGGAAACUGAAACUUCUUCCAACAAGAGAAAACAAAUCAAGAAGGAGGAAGAUUCUACCGGAGGAAGUUUUGAUGUAGAAUUGUCUAUAAAUAAAGUAAUUAAGGAUAAUCCUUCGACCAAUCCUGUGUCGAGUUUCAAACGUCCAACACCCCAAACUUCUAGCUCCCAUUUGAUCCAACCUACUCCACUCAAAGAAUUUGCUGAAGUUAAUAAACCUAUAGAAGCAGACAACAAUGCAUCUCAUGAUUCAGCUGACAAAGACCAACCUUCUGAAACAUCAUCUUCAACAACGGAUGGCGAAGACAAAAAUGAAAUGAACAUGGACUAUGCAUCUCAAGACGAAACUCUUGAGCAAGAAGAGCCAAAAGACACUUCUCCUCCUGGCAGCCCCAACCAAAGCAAUGAUGCCCACAAGAAUCCAGAAAUUACUGACUCUCUCGCAAACAUUGAACAACCAACUGCAAAGACUGCACCAGAGAUCGAAAAGGAAACGGCAAAGACUGCAACUGCUAAACCAACUUCUUCACCAAAUAACUCUCUAUCUCAAGAGGAGUUAGCAGAGAUGAAAAAGACCAAUCCACUAGCCCGCCUGAAACUAAUGAUUAGUACAAGGGGUAGUUCGACUGAUAAGUGUUCAAGCUCUUCGACAAUUUCUGGAGGGAGCACUCCACUUGAGACUGUUGAUGGGGUUCUUCAACAACUGAAGGUCAAACUUGCAGAGGCUGAUUUGUUUGAAGCACUUGAAAAGAACUUCGUCCAUGGUUAUGGAAUAAAGUCAUUGUUGAAAAAACUUGAUGUCCCUAAUGCCUCCAGCGCUGCUGUCAACUUUGUGGUAGCAUUUGGCCCACUCUUCGACCAAAUCUUUGCCGAUUUCCAGAGAAAAAAUGAAGCGCGAACAAAGAUGAAACCCAAGGAGGAUACCCGGUCGAAGGAAUGGAGCUUGGCUAAUGAAUCCAACGACCGAGCUGAACAAUUGGAAAAUGCUCUCCGCAAAGAAGAUGAACAUGUUGCUGCCUUGGAUGCCAAAAUCCUCAAAUGGAAGAAAGAAAUUGAGGCGUUGCAGUUAAAGGUGAAAGAGGCUGAAGGCGAAAAGGUUGACCUUCGAAAAACUAGUCAACAACAAUUGGAUGCAGUGGCCUUGAUUGGAAUCCAACAUUUUGAAAAUGUCAGUAACUUGGAUGCUGAGAUUGAAGGUUUUGCCUCUACUAUUUCACAAAUUGAUCGUCGACUAUCUGCAGCAAAGAUCCAAUAUGACAAGUUCAAAGCCUCUUUUCCUUUCUAG